AAUUGUUGAUAGUGGUAGUUGAAUCAAAAUACAAAUAUUUUCCAUAUAAAACAUAUAUUUAGCAUCAUAUCAUUUAUGAUGCUGUUGAUGAUGAUGAAAUUUCAUCAUCGAUCAAUUUUUCAUUGUUGUUUCAAUUAUUUAGCUUUUAGUAUACAAAAAAUCUGAUCAAAUGAAUCCAAAUCGAUUAAUUGGAUUAUUAAAAUCUCAGGAUGUUAGUGAAUUGUUCAUUUUGUCUACAACGACGGCAAUUGUUUUUGCAAACAAAAUAUUCUUAUCAAUUUGUCUGCAGAAAUAUUGCACAAGGCAGUAGUCCACCAGUCAAAAAAAGUCGAAUAGACGAGCCAUGUCAGAUAGAACAUAUCUUGUUUCGUCCAAAUAUUGGAUCCGUUGAGAAAGUCACCAAGCAAAUGUGGGUAUAUGCCAGUCAAGAUGGAAUGGUUUUACGUGAUGUUUCAUAUGUGCCCCAAUUAUAUAAAAUUUUUGAUGAAAUUCUUGUAAAUAUUGCUGAUGAUAAAAUUUGUGAUCAAAAAAUGACCAUUAUUAAAAUCGAAAUCAAUAUGGAAAGUGAUGAAAUAAUUUUUUUAACAAUGGCCGUGGAAGAACGUUUCUGAUCCCACAUCAAGAUAUAAAUGGUGCUGAAACAAUUGUUUUCACAACAAGGAUUUUUGGCAAUAUUUUAUCAUCAUUAAAUUGUAUUAAUAAUAACGCUACAAGUGUAUAUGAUUACACAAAUAGGAUCCCAUUAUUAGUGGUAAUUGAUGGUUCCAUUCAAAAUUCACAGCUAAAUUAAAUUUUGCUCGAUACACUAGUGGUGGAUUCAUCAAAUCAAGCACAAAUUUUUAUUUACAUCGUCCACGAAACACGACACUUGAUUUUGAUUUUCAACAUAACGGACAAAUAGCCAAUUGUCAUUGUUUCAAAAAUCAUUGGCGAGCUUAUUGGUCCACUAUUGAUCAAUGUCAUCGAAGACAGUGAAGCUCCU